UGAGAGCGGGCAUGGCCUCUGGAGCGAAUCUCGGAGGCGCCAUCUUUAUCAUGGGCGGAAGCAGCCUCCGAGAACCAACCAAUAAAGCUGGCGCGCGAGGUCACGUGCCACGCAUCCUUGACCCAGGCCUCGCCUUCCACGCCGCCCCGGCUGUCAGAUCCAGGCACCCAGUAAGCGGGUUUCUCGGAGCUCCUCCUACCGCUACCAGAGCGAGCCCGCUAUGCGGGUCUCCGAGUAGCGCAGGCGCCUUCCGGCCUCCGCGCUUGCGCACUCGGCGACCUCCCGCCCGCACCAUGAAGGUACUCCGGCGGGCUUGGCGGCACCGGGUGGUGCUGGCCCUGAGCGGCCUGGCGUUUUGCAGCACCACGCUGUUGUAUUUGGCGCGCUGUGCAUCCGAGGGCGAGACGCCCGCAGCCGCCGGAGCCGCUCAGCCCCGCGCUAAGGCCUUCCUGGCGGUGCUAGUGGCUAGUGCGCCCCGCGCGGUGGAGCGUCGCAGCGCGGUGCGCAGCACGUGGCUGGCACAGGGGAGGCGCGGCGGCCCCAAGGACGUGUGGGCGCGCUUUGCUGUGGGCACCAGCGGCCUGGGCUCAGAGGAGCGGCGCACGCUGGAGCUCGAGCAAGCACAGCACGGGGACCUGCUGCUGCUGCCCUCCCUGCGCGACGCCUACGAGAACCUCACAGCCAAGGUCCUGGCCAUGUUGACUUGGCUGGACGAGCACGUAGACUUCGAGUUCGUGCUCAAGGCGGAUGACGACUCCUUUGCGCGCCUGGACGCCCUACUGGCAGAGCUACGCGCACGUGAGCCUGCACGCCGCCGUCGCCUCUACUGGGGCUUCUUUUCUGGGCGCGGGCGAGUCAAGCCCGGAGGUCGCUGGCGAGAAGCUGCCUGGCAACUCUGCGACUACUACCUGCCCUAUGCUCUGGGCGGUGGGUACAUCCUCUCUUCGGACCUGGUGCAUUACCUGCGCCUCAGCCGGGAAUACCUGCGUGCAUGGCACAGUGAAGAUGUAUCGCUGGGUGCCUGGCUGGCACCCGUGGAUGUGCAGCGGGAACACGACCCGCGCUUCGACACAGAAUACAAAUCACGGGGCUGCAGCAAUCAGUACCUGGUGACACACAAACAGAGCCCGGAGGACAUGCUGGAGAAGCAACAGAUGCUGCUUCAUGAGGGUCGAUUGUGCAAGCAAGAGGUGCAAUUGCGCCUCUCCUAUGUCUAUGAUUGGUCAGCGCCACCCUCCCAGUGCUGCCAGCGCAAGGAGGGCAUUCCCUGAUGUCAUUGCCUCUCCGGACCCAGGUCAUGCUGCCUGGACAAUCUGGCCAAUUGUCUGGGGUGAGCCUGGUUUAUACAAUUACUGUUGAGGCCUUGGGACCUCAGUUCAUUUACUGAUGGUCAGAGGCAGCUAACAACAUCUAGUUUGUUCCUUGGAGGGUGUGCUCAUUCGUGGUCUGUGUAAGGCCUGCCCAGGGGGCAUCUUGUAUGGGUUUGUACAUUGCAUCUGCUCCCACACACCUCCAGCCAGUGUAAUGCCACCUAUCAGCCGUCUGGCCUGUGAGGGCAGGGGCCUUCGCCCUUGAUGAGUUUUAUAGUACUGCAUUCCGUCCCUACUUGCGCUGUGCAGCUCACUGCGCUUUUUCGCAGACUGUUGGAUUCAUCUUUGUAUUGCCAUCAAAGUGUUACUUGCCAAAAGUGUCAUUGUAUUGUUUGGACAAAGUUCCAUUCUGUUGUGUCUCCCGUUUUUAUCCUUUGUCAUGUACAAGUCUGAGAUUUGACUUGAUUUUCAAGUCAGCUAGCUUAGAGAGUAUUUUGUCUCUGAAGAUAGUUUGUUUAAAUGUAAUUCAGUUUGCUUGAAAACUAUUUAUAAAUAUUGUAAAUUUGUGUAGAUAAGAAUUUUAAGUUGAAAGCUUAACUUGUGUGGUGGUGCACAAUUUUAAUCCCAGCACUCGGGAGGCAGAGAUAGGCGGGUCUCUGAGUUCAAGGCCAGCCUGUUCUGUUGAGAGAGUUCCAGGACAGCCAGGGCUACACAGAAAAACCCUGUCUCAACCUCCACACCACCCAAAAAAUAAUUUGAGUAUGUGCAAGUCUUAAUUUUUUUUAACUUUUUAAGAAAAAUACUUUAAUGUCAAAACUUGUAUCUGUGUAUUAAUCUAUCAAUACCCUGAGUAGCCAACCAAUUGCUGGGCAUAUUUAAAACAUAGAAAAUUAUUUCAACUGUCCAUUUCUCUUUCAGGUCUCCUAAUAAGUCCCUUUGUUUUUGUUUUUGUUUUGUUUUUUUUUUCUGAAUAGACCACUUUUAAGGCUUUUCAGAGAGCAUGAGCCUAUGACUUUAAGGCACUCGGCAACUAGGAUGUCCACACAAAGUUUGUCUUUCAAAUAUGCUUGGUUUAUUCGCACAAACAUUCCUAACAAUAUCAUGUUAAUAUAUAAGUUAAACAGACGUCUCAA